AUGGAAAAAGAGAUUAACGCUGCUGAGAUGCGGUUUUUGAGAAGAUUUAUGAAAAUUAGUGGGACCUCUCAUACUUCGAAUGAAGAUGUAUUAAAACAGUCCGGUUAUGAAAAGAGGAAAUUACUACAGAUAAUCCGACGGGGGCAGUUAAAGUUUUUUGAUCACAUCAUGCGGAAUGAAAGAAUGGAAAAUCUAACAACUACUGGAAAGAUUGCAGAGAAAAGAGAUCGCUGUCAACAACGAAUAACAUUCGUGAAGUCCUUGUGUCACUUGUUCAAUAUCACUCAAUUUCAACUACUACAAAGUGUUGAAGAUCGCGUUUUGUGGAGGUCGAUGGUCGCCAAUGUCCUGAAAGGAUAA